GGACCAUCUCUCUUCACCCUUUUUCUUCUCCGGUACACGCACGCAACACACCUUCAACUGCGUGUUAGUAUAUACAUACAAUACAACUUCCUUAUACGUAUAACCUACACACACAAACACAAUCAAUCUCUCUCUAAAUUCUCUCCACAACACAUAGCCUCAACCUCUGCUCUGCAUUCAACUACACACAAUCAAAAUUCGUACGUAUACUCUAUACAUACACACAUUUGUACGUAUAGUUUUUCAAAUUUCGAGGUGAAUUUGCAGCAGAGUUGCAGAAUUAGGCGAUCUCUUACGGUUAGUUAAACAAGAUGAAGAGGUCUAGAAACGACGACGUUUCCGCUUGUGGUGGUCCAGUUGCGCAUCCGAUCGAAACCGAACGCUCCGGGAGACCUCAAGUUGCGGGCGGAGUGAGGGCACAUAAGUUGACAAACGAUGAUGCACUCGCCUAUCUUAAGAAAGUGAAAGACACGUUUCGUGAUGACAACGAGAAAUACGAGGAGUUUCUUGACGUUAUGAAAGGUUAUAGAGCUCAAAGAGUUGAUACCACAGGUGUCGUAGCAAAGGUUAAAGAACUAUUUGAAGGGCACCGAGAACUAAUAUCGGGUUUCAAUGCCUUUCUACCAAAGGGAUAUGAAAUCGUUCUCUCGCAAGAGGAUGCACCACAAGCUAAGAGAGUUGUGGAUUUUGAUGAGGCCAUGCAAUUUGUACACAAAAUGAGAAUGAGAUUUCAAGGUGAUGAUCACAUUUACAAAUCUUUUCUUGAUAUUUUGAAUCAGUACAGAAACGCAACCAAAACCGUUAGUGAGGUCCACCAGGAGGUUGCUGCUCUUCUUCAUAACCAACCAGACCUGCUUAACGAUUUCACAAACUUUUUACCUGAUUCUUCAGCAGCAUCCGAUCGUUAUGUUCAUUCCAGUAGGACCCACAAACCGCACCUUGGAGAUAGGAGCUCGCCCGUUGGCACAAUAAAACCUCUGCAUUCCGAAAAUAAAGAUAUUGCUAGUCAUGAUGACUGUCAUAGUGCGAACCAUGAUGUCAGCGCUGACACAGCGGAAACUUAUCAUGACAAAGUACGGCAUUCACAAGAUAAUCACGAGAUGAACAGUGUAACCCACAAACAUAAAUCUGCUAGUACACUUGAGGAUACUGUCACAGAGCUAUUUCAUAAAGAUAUGCGUGAACAAGUGAUUAGUCUCCGUACGAAGGUGAAAGAAAAACUACAAAACUCAGAUGAUUACCAGGCAUUUUUAAAGUGCAUUAUGCAUUACCGCACAGAGAAUAUUACUCGACCACAAUUGCAAUCGUUGGUGAAUGAUUUACUUGAAGCUAAUCCAGAUCUUAUGGAAGAAGUCAGUGAGUUCAUCGAUCACGGUGAGAGAAACGGUUCUUUGUGGAGUGAUCAUUUACCUGGAUCUUUGCACGAUCAAGAUCGCGAUAACGAUAAAGAUCACGACAAAGAUGAAACAAACAGUUGUCAUGACGUCAAUAAUGAGUAUCAAGCAAAACCAAUUCAUGAACUUGACCUUUCUGACUGUGAACAGUGCACGCCAAGUUACCGUCUUUUACCGAAGAAUUAUCCGAUUCCUUCAGUAAGUCAUAGAACAAUAAUUGGUGCUGAGGUGUUGAAUGAUCAUUGGGUAUCUGUUACCUCCGGUAGUGAGGAUUACUCUUUCAAGCACAUGCGUAAAAACCAGUAUGAAGAGAGCUUAUUUAGAUGUGAAGAUGACAGGUUUGAACUGGACAUGUUAUUAGAAUCCGUUAACGUGACAACCAGACGAGUGGAAGAACUUUUAGAUAAGAUAAAUAAUAAUUCAAUCAAGACAGACUGUGUGGUUCGAGUUGAAGAUCAUUUUACAGCUAUAAAUUUGAGGUGCAUUGAACGUUUAUACGGAGAUAACCGGCUUGAUGUGAUGGAUGUAUUAAAAAAGAACGCGUCUCUUGCUCUACCAGUAAUAUUAACUCGUUUGAAGCAAAAACAAGAGGAAUGGGCAAGAUGUCGUUUCGAUUUUAAUAAAAUUUGGGCAGAAGUUUACGCGAAAAAUUAUCACAAAUCUCUUGAUCAUCGCAGCUUCUAUUUCAAACAGCAGGACGCAAAGAGCUUGAGUGCUAAAGCAUUAUUAUUGGAAAUCAAGGAAAUCCGUGAAGAAAAAUCUAAAGACGAAAACGUUAUUCAGAACUUUGUUUCUGGCGAAAGACAAAACAACACACCACAUCAAGAAUUUAAGUAUUGGAAUUUUGAUGUUCAUGAUGACAUAUAUCAACUCAUGAAAUACUAUAUUCCACAAAAUUGUACCACCGAACAAUCCGACAAAGUCAUGAAAAUCUGGACUAAUUUUGUGGAACCCAUGUUAAGUAUUUCAAGGGAUAAUAAUGGAGAUUCUGAAGAAGAUAAAUUCGCAUCAUAUAGAGAAAGUGGUACGAAGGAAAAUUACCAAAAUGGGUAUCAUGAAAAUGAAGCAGACGAGGAAGGUGAAGAAAGCGCACAUCGGUCAUCUAGUGAUACUUCGGGUAGUGAAACUGCUGAUGUAGAGGAUCACUACCCUGAAGAACAUGACGGGGUUCAUGAUAACAAGGCUGGGAGUGAAGGAGAAGUUGAAGAACGAUUGUUAGAAACAGUAAAGCCGGUUACGAAAUACGCACCUGUAGUAUCACAUAAUGACGAAAACGGCCCUCGGGUUUUCUAUGGAAACGACACCUUUUAUGUUUUCUUCAGACUCCAUCAAACGCUAUAUUCAAGAUUAAAGGAUGCAAAGGAAAAGUCUACUAAUGAUAAAUGGAGGUGUUCGAAUGACACAACACCUAAUAACUCAUAUGCUAGAUUCUUGGAUUUGCUCUACACGUUUCUUGGUGGUGAUGCUGAUAGUGCAAAAUACGAAGAUGACUGUCGAACGGUUCUUGGAACUUGGUCAUUUCCUCUAUUUACAUUAGACAAGCUCAUUUACAAGCUGUCUAAACAGCUGCUAGCGAUUGCUAUGGAUGAGGUUGAUAACAAACUUCUACAUCUCUAUACAUAUGAACGCAUGAGAAACCCCGGGAGUUUUGUAGAUGAACUCUAUUACGCAAAUGCGAGAGUGAUUGCUAAUGAUAAUAACAUCUAUAGAUUUGAAAGUUCACCUAUAUCCAAAACCGUUGGUCAAAGUCAAACCUGGUUGAUUAUUCGACUUAUGGACCCCGGAUGUGACAUGUCAGAAGCACCCUCCUUAUCGAUAGACCCAAAUUUUGAAGCCUAUCCAACCAAUCAGUUAGUUCCCGUUGUUCCUGGGAAAACGAAGGCCCGUCUCUUCUUAAAAAGAAAUAAAAGAAAAUAUGCUUGUGAAGAUGAAGAUUUGGCAAUGAUGCAAGCCAUGGAGGAAGUUCGAAUUUUAAAUAGGAUGGAAUGCAAGAUAAAUUGCAUUACAUAUAAGAUAUCCUACGUUUUGGAUACAGAAGACUCUAUGGUGCGCAAGGGCCGGAAAAAAGUCAGUAAAAGUAUACCAUCAAAUGGUUAUUCACACAAAGUACAAAAGUUCCAUAAGCUGCUACAAUCUAGGAUUCUAAGCAUGCCAACAUAACAAACCAAUUUAGAACUUCAAAUUUGGUAUUUUACGUGAAAAAGGUGGUGUGACGGUUGCCAUAUUUGCAUAUAGACUUGAUAAGAAAGUUCCUUGACAGUUUUCUAGUGAAUUUCGACAUAUGAAUUAGUGACUUCUUCCUUAAUCUUGCUUAUGGAACUUUCUAUAAAUAGAAAACGAAGGUGGUAGCGUUUGGCGUUCUUUCUUAUACUGUUAAUAGAGAUCUCUAUUCGUAGAAUAUAAGCAGCUUCUCGAAGGUCCGUUGUGAAAAACAUUUCUAGCAACAAGAUCAAGAAGGUUUGAAUUCGUUACGACAGACGCAAACUCUUUGAUUUUUCUUUAUCGACAAUGUAAAUUCUAGCU